UGAUUGUUAAGGGAUGGUUAUCAACCAGUGCUACAACUUUGGGACCCGAGCGUCACAGCCAUAUGUUAAAAGCGUGGUCGGCCUCGUAGCACCGAUGGCUGCAUGUUCUGUCGUCUCAGGAGAAAGAAGUGCAAAUCUGGUUCGAGACAUGGGAUCUGUCAUGACUGUUCAAGAUUCCAUCUGAAAUGUGACAGCCGUGGACUGGAGAGGCCAUCGUGGCUAAAGGCACCGGGUACCCUUGAUUAUGUCCUUGCUUGCGUGCGCGCCAGAACCAGUCAACCUGAAGUCUACAGAAAUUCACCGUUGCUGAGCUUGGAAUGUCUGGAAAAGCGGGCUGCAAGGGUGUUACAUGGCACCCCUUCCUCCCCGGAAAUUGAACCAGAGGGUUCCCCAUCUGACACAGAAUCCUCCUCAGCCUAUGCAGACGGGCCCGACUGCACGGGCACAUUACUCACCCCAGAAUCGAACGAUUUCCCCCUUUUAAUCUCAGUGGAUUCCAACUGCCCAUUCACUUACCUGAUUUACUCGAUCUGAAACGCCCAACUGAAGGAGCAGAAUUCCCUCCCCACUAUAUACAAUUCUCCUUUGAAAAAAUAUUUCCGGCAGAAUUUGCGGAUUCGGACCUGCAUUAUGAAAUGCCAUACAAGCUUCCUGACUUAACACCCGACGACUCGAGCACCGGAAGCUAUGGGCUUAAGAGCCAAG